AGAAACCUUCCUUUUCGAAGACCACAAAAAAUAUAACUUCUCACUCUACUUCUGUUAUCGUGGACGAAACCGUCUCGUAAACUUUGAAUAAUGUAUCAGAAAUAGUAAGGUUUUUUUUUGCAUUUAUUUGAGAAUUGUAAUUAUUUUAGUAUUUAAAUUGAUUGCUUUUAACUCAUUAAAAAAUCUUAUAUUUUACUCUACGUUAUCUCAGAGGCGGGGGAUGAGCUGUCGAUUGAGCAGGCUACAAAUAGAUCCGUGUUGGCUCUACCUCACUUAGACGAUCUUUGUUUUGUUUGCUUGAGACGUGAGCAGACGUGACCCCUUGUUAAGUUUUUAGCCAUUAUUCGUCAGAAAAAUGAUAAAAACAGGUAUUUUAGGGCUGAGAAACGUGUUCGGGCGAGGACAGGUGCUGUCUGCGGCUGCUGCGAGGCUACAGCACAGUCAGGCCCAGCCCGAAGGACAGCAUGUCCCCCCGGCACGUCCAGAGACCUCCAGCGCCAAGUCCCUGAUGGACAUCGGGACCCGCCGGAUCUUCAACGAGGACCACGACCUCUUCAGGGAAAGUGUCCGCCGCUUCUUUCUAGAGGAGGUGAUUCCAAAUCACAAGGAGUGGGAGAAGGCGGGUCAGGUGAGCAGGGAGGUGUGGGAGAAAGCUGGCGAGCAAGGCCUGCUGGGAGUGAUGAUUCCAGAGCAGCACGGCGGCAUCGGAGGAGACCUGUUCUCAGCCGCCGUCACCUGGGAGGAGCAAAUGUAUUCCAACUGCUCGGGCCCGGGCUUCUCUUUGCACUCCGAGAUCGUCAUGCCUUACAUCGUCAACUACGGCAGCAAGGAGCAGAUCGACCGCUUCAUUCCGGACAUGAUGGCGGGGAAAUGCAUCGGCGCUAUUGCGAUGACGGAGCCAGGAGCGGGAAGUGAUCUUCAAGGUGUGAGGACAAACGCCAAGAAGGAUGGCAACGACUGGAUCCUCAACGGCAACAAGGUGUUCAUCACAAACGGCUGGAUGGCCGACCUCGUCGUCGUGGUAGCGGUGACCAACCGCGAGGCGAAGACGGCGGCGCAUGGAAUCAGUCUGUUCCUGGUGGAGGACGGCAUGAAGGGCUUCCAUAAAGGACGCAAGCUGGAGAAGAUCGGUCUGAAGGCGCAGGACACGGCUGAACUGUUUUUCGAGGACGUGCGGCUUCCAGCUAGCGCUCUCUUGGGAGGACUCAACAAGGGUUUCUACUACCUGAUGAAUGAACUGCCUCAGGAGCGUCUGUUGAUCGCUGACAUGGCCAUCGCGAGCGCUGAGUUCAUGUUUGAGGAAACCAGGAACUACGUGAUGCAGAGGAAGGCUUUCGGCAAGACCAUCGCUCACCUCCAGACUGUGCAGCACAAGCUGGCCGAGCUGAAAACGGAGAUCUGCGUGGGCCGAUCCUUCAUCGAUAACUGCCUGCAGCUCCACGCCGAGAAACGCCUGGACCCCUCCACGGCCUCCAUGGGCAAGUACUGGGCGUCUGACCUCCAGAACAAAGUGGCCACUCAGUGCCUGCAGCUCCAUGGAGGGUGGGGCUACAUGUGGGAAUACCCCAUCGCCAAGGCCUUUGUUGUCCGUAUUCAGCCCAUCUACGGAGGCACCAACGAGAUCAUGAAAGAGCUCAUCGCGCGCAGCAUCGUCAGCCAGAAGUGAGAAUUUAGGACGUUUUCGCGGUGAGGAGCAUUGGGUGAAGAGGGCUGGUUUGCACAGAUGAUCGUUUUUUUUUUUUAAUGUAGACAGUUGUCAGAAAUGGAUCAAAGUACGUUUAUGCAUUGUGAAAUAACAUUUUUAAGAAAGCUUGAGGUUAUCAAAUCAGUAAAACGAUUAAAACCCGACGAUGAAACCUCUGCCUUCAGAACAACUUGCAAUUGCCAAUGCUAACCUAAUGUUAGCGACCUGUGUAAAUAAUGUCACUGAAUCUGACUCCUUUUCUACUAGUUUGACUGUUCGACGACAUUUGAGCCAUUUAGUGGUUUCCUCCGUUUGUCCAGAAGGGCUUAAAAAGUCAAACAAUGUAUCCUCACUUCAGUGUCUUCUUCGGAGGUCGCUCGAGAUGGUUCGGCCGCUUCUUUGAUUCAGACCUUUGAAUAAUUACUUAUUAUUGUAGGUCUGCUUCUGUCCUUUUCCAGCUCACUGUAGUGCUAGUUGUGUGUAAAUAUUGCUGUGACAAAGUUAAAGAUACUCUGUAAAUGAAUGUAUAAAUAAUGGCUUCUGUGUACAAUAUGUACUCAACAGGAUGUGUACUUCUUUCAGCACUUAAAAUGUUUGAUCCAAUAAAUCCAGAGCAUUAACUUUAAUCCGUGUGUCUUUAAGUUAUGACAUAAACUGUUUUGUCAGUGAUUUGAAGGAUUGAACAUCAGAUUAAAGCUUUUAAAGGCU